AUGCACAAGCAGAAGGCGCGCAUGCCGUUGCAGCCAUGUUGGCCAAAAGGCUGGUUUCCUCCCCCGACGGGUUGGGGUCGAGUCGCUCAUGUGGGAACUGGUGUGUUUCCUUCUCAACAUUUACCUUUGCCGACGUUUGCCAGUGUUUGUAGACACGCAACAGCACAGGCCAAUGCCCAGGCAUCUGCCAGGCUGCGAAGGGCAAUGCAGGCGUUCGCAGUGCAUCAUCCCAAACCCCUAAUUUCGAUUCCGGCAUCUGGAAGGUUCUGGAAGAAUGGCGAACAUGCUGAAAUUGGGAUGUGGGGGGCAGUGGUGGUCAGAAAAGUGGAGCGGGUUCCGAACCGUGUAGGCAGGGGGGCUGUUGAUUUGUUUGAUUCUGCCAGUUGCUUCAAUUUACAUAAUCAGGAAUCUUACAUAUCAAAGUGGGGAAUGGCGAUCAGCUCCCUCUUUCGCCCACGCAAGCAGUGCCCAAGAUUUUUUUCCAUGAGAGCCCAAGAUAAUGCCACAAUUUAG